CUUUGAUGUAAAACAAAUGUUCAUUUCUGUGUGUAACAGAUCAAGGGUGACAAAUAUAAAUAUUCCCGGCCUUAUAUACAGGAGGAAGAGGAGAAGUACUACUAAUUUAUAAGCAGUCUGUUGUUGUGUUUUUUGAUGGAAAAAACACAGAAAAGAUUACUAAAAUCAUUGAUGGUUGAUCAUCACAUCUCUCUGAGGAGGUUUGAAUCUUAAUUACUUCCUAUCUGUGUUCAAACAAAUUGGAAAGGAUCUUACUUGAAAGAUGGAAGGAGGGGUUGGACAUGGAGACAAAACAGAGUUCACAGAAUGCUGGAGGACAAUAUGGAAGACUCCUUACAUUAUGAGACUGGCUUUGUCUGCUGGAAUUGGAGGCCUUCUCUUUGGAUAUGACACUGGUUCAUUUUCUUUUUCACUGUUCAAAUCUUUUUUCUUUUUUUUUCCCUGCAAACAUUCAUGUCUUGUUUGUAAUUUGUGAUGAAAUGAGGGAGUCUACUCUGCAUGCCUCUUCUUUUUUUUUCUUUUUUUGUUCCAUUUUUAAAAAAUUAUUUCAAAACAUUCAUUUCUUCAAUUUGUGUUGUUGUGUGGGGGAUUCCGCAGGUGUAAUUUCAGGUGCCUUGCUUUACAUCAGGGAUGAUUUCCAGUCUGUUCAAAGGCACACUUGGCUUAGAGAAACUAUUGUGAGCACAGCAGUGGCAGGGGCCAUCAUUGGUGCUGGACUUGGAGGGUGGUUAAACGACAAGUAUGGUAGAAAAAAAUCCAUCCUUCUUGCUGAUAUAUUGUUCUUUGCCGGGGCGGUGAUCAUGGCAGGAUCAGUUGCACCGUGGAUGAUCAUUUUGGGAAGAUUGUUUGUUGGUUUUGGUGUUGGAAUGGCUUCAAUGACAGCUCCACUUUACAUAUCUGAAGCAUCACCUGCUAGAAUUAGAGGUGCUUUGGUUAGUACUAAUGGGUUGCUAAUCACUGGUGGUCAGUUCUUAGCUUACCUAAUCAAUUAUGGAUUCACCAAGGCGCCAGGGACUUGGCGCUGGAUGCUUGGAGUUGCAGGGAUUCCUGCUGUUGUUCAGUUUCUGUUGAUGUUUUUCCUUCCUGAGUCUCCUAGAUGGCUUUACAGAAAGAGCAAAGUAAAAGAAGCCAGAGCUAUCCUGGAGAAGAUAUAUCCACCAAACGAAGUGGAGCAGGAGAUGCAAGCAUUGCAAACAUCAGUGGAAGCCGAAGAAGCUGAGCUAAAAUCCACUGGAGAAAACUUUCUAUCUAGGCUCAAAGGCGCCAUAAGCAACAUUGUGGUUCGCAGGGGACUCUACGCCGGGGUCACAGUUCAAGUGGCUCAACAGUUUGUUGGCAUCAACACAGUGAUGUACUACAGUCCAACCAUUGUCCAACUAGCUGGCUUCGCCUCAAAUUCAACGGCAUUGGCGCUAUCCCUAAUCACCUCAGGGCUUAAUUGUGUGGGAACCAUUAUUAGUAUGGCUUUUGUUGAUAGGUUUGGCAGGAGGAGUCUAAUGAUUGUGUCCAUGUUCGGGAUCAUAACUUGCCUCAUUGUGCUUUCGGUGUUGUUUAAUGAAGCUUCAUCUCAUGCACCGCCAGUCAGUCACACUGAAUCUGUUCGGUUUGGUUCCAAUUCCACCUGCCAUGCGUUCAUUACCACCCCAAAUGCGGCAUCAUGGAAUUGUAUGACAUGCUUGAAACCCUCGCAUGGUUGUGGAUUUUGUGCUAGUGGAGCAAGCAAAGUAAGUUAUUCAUUGAUAUUGACCUUGAUAUUCACCGGUCACCUAAUUAUUUCGAUUUCACUCAUUUGAUCAAGCAACUGUUUCUUUAAAUUAAAUCACUUACCUACCUAUUAAACUUGCAAUGUUUUUUAUCAGUUUUGGGUUUUUCAUUUAUUCAAAGAUAUAAUUAAGAAAGUAUGCGCAAACUAGUGACAUUUGAGGGGCAAAAGAUUUCGUUUUGGUCGCCAUGAGUUGAAACACACACAUUUUCAUGUUGUAUAUAGAGUUGAAUGACCAAAAGUGCUCAAUGAAAAUAGUUGAGAUACACCAUUGAUAUUGAUUCGCCUUGCGCUCUUCGUAGUACGCUGCCGGAGCAUGCUUGGUUUCAAAUGAUGCAUCGAAAGGCGUGUGCCAAGGCGGACAACAACACGGUACAUGGUACACACAAGGGUGUCCAAGCAAGUUUGGGAUCUAUGCAGUUCUGCUCCUGGGUUUAUACAUCAUCGCAUAUGCACCUGGAAUGGGAACUGCCCCUUGGAUAGUGAACUCUGAGAUAUACCCCUUGAGGUACAGAGGAAUUGGGGGUGGAAUCGCGGCAGUUGCCAAUUGGGUUUCUAAUCUAAUCGUGAGUGAGACAUUCCUGACUUUGACAGAAGCAAUAGGUUCCUGGGGUACUUUCCUUCUUUUUGCCGGGUUCUCUUUUGUCGGCCUUGUGGCUAUCUUUUUCUUGGUGCCAGAAACAAAAGGUCUGCAAUUGGAGGAUAUUGAGAAGAUGCUGGAAAAGGGGUACAAGCCAAGGUUAUUAUUAUGGUGUUGUGGUGGUUCCUCUGAAGAAUUGCAAGAGGAGGAGAGAAUGAAGGCUGAACAGAAAGAAGUUGGUCUUAGUACCAUUUGAGUUUUGGCAUCGGCUGCAUAUAUGACCUUUUAUUACACUGUUGCUUGUGGCAUAGAACGAAUUAAUCCAAAAUGUUUUUUGCAUUGUGAUAACAGAAAAAGAGUGUGAUAGGGGACAUUGUAAUGUGUUUACAUAGAAUGUCAUUGAUAUGAUGAUUAUGGGUUUAUGGACUUGAAAAAAAUGAGCACAAGAUUUCCUAUGACACUCACUUAUGUGCCGUUUGAUUCAGUCUCAAAAUGUGGUUUACUAAACAGCGUAAUAGAAGAGGAAUCACGGUGUCUUUACUGAAUACUUAAAUCAAGUUUUCGUCAUGGUUUGUGAGGCUAAAUAAAACAGCCCAGAAAAUUUCCAGGCACGACUGUUAUGGCUUGGAACCAGAAAUGAUGCCAUU